ACGAGUAAGCAGGACCAGGAUUAGAAGCGGAAACAGAAGCUCCAACGGUUGUAGUAGCCGAUUAUCGGGUGCCCGGCUCAACCAAGGACAGAGCCGCCUUGUGUGGGCCGAGGAAUCCGAGCCGUGAGGCGUUAAUUUGUUUAGCGCCAUGCGGAUUAAAUUCCGGAUGCGAUGGGAAAACGUCGCCAUAUAACGUUGACACUGAAGAAGGGCAACAGGUUUGGCGAAGUUUUGCUUCAGAGAGAUGGAUGCAGGUUCCAGGUACCAAUGGGAGAGGCGUCGGCUGCAGUCACGACCUAUGGCAGAAAAGAUGGCAGCAUGGAUUUCUUUGCUCCGCUAUGGAUACUCCAGGUGUGGUGUCAGAUCCAGAGAGCAAGGCUCCAUCAACAGGACCGCAUCAGGUGGCCCAAGAGUUUCCCAAGCGUGACGAAGCUCCAUAUAAUGAUGGAUCCGGAUACUGAAGAGAUGCAGCAUACAAAACAUGAGCAAAGCCAGAAAGUUGCCGAGAUGGACCUCGAAGAGGAGACGGGAAAACCAGAACUCCAGGCAGAGGCUCCAGUUGAAACGAUGUUUGGCUUGUAGGCGAGGCGGAGA